AAUUACAGACAAAAUGUCUGCUAUGUAAAAAGUUGUACCACUCCCCUCAACAAUGGAUUGAAGCAAGGAUUUGUAACUCACCUUAACUUAAAUUUACACUCAUUUAUGUAUAGAUCUAGAUCUCAAACCCACGAUCAGCUAUAUUAGAGUAAUCAGUAAGAUGUCUGCAGAUAUAAUUGAGGGUUUUCUUUGUCCUAUAUGCAUGAAAGAUCUUGGGACUGUAUCACAGCUGCAAGGACACUUUGAAGAAGAACAUUCAUCAGAGGAUAAAGCAGUAUUUCAACAGUUAAAAGGUUUUUUUGACAAGGCUCGGAAACGAAUACUUGGUGAUAGGGUAGAGUCAGAUGUUCAACAGGGUGAGGUCAUUAAAAGAGAUGAACUCGGCGGAUUGUCUGGGUAUGAUCCAUCUUGGUGGGAAUAUCAAGAAAUUGGUGCAGCGCGAAGUCAUACAGACAGUUAUAAAUCAAUUCGCGAUGCUAGAGUGAAUCAUUUUGUUGUAGAAACCAACAAACUUUUAAUUCGCCUUGACAAAUUGCUAAGUCCUGAUGCUCCUAUAGAUCCUAAAAAGAGAAAAGCCUAUGAAAAAGGUAUUGUUCGAUGGAUACCAGAUAAUGAAGUACCUGCCUGUUUGAACUGUGGAAAAUCUUUUGGAAUCCUUACCAGAAGACAUCACUGUAGGCUGUGUGGAGGGAUCAUGUGUGAUAGAUGUUCUGAGUUUAUGGCUUCAUCAUAUGCACAAAAGCUGGUCAAUCCAUCACACACAUUUAGUGGUGAAGGCUUCCUUAAGCGAACCAACAGCAACACAAGUCUGAACUCCCUGGUGGGGAAUGAAGGAGAAUCCAUCAUGAGGGUUUGCAAGAUGUGCAGGAGGUUGCUUGAGAGACGAGACAUGAUGACAGAGCUAAGGAAUACUAAGCCAGCUAUUGUCCAGAUUUAUGAUAAAAUGAAAAUGUGCAUCCAGGAUGCAGAACAAAUAUUACCAGACUACCUGCCUAUGGUUGAAUCGUUAAGUCAAGGUGAAUCCCAAUAUGAUUAUAGACAAGCUCAGAUAAUGAGAACAAAACUCGUCAAAUUGUAUGAGGCUGUUGACCAGCUCAGUAAAAAAAUUCUUGGUUUGGACCUUAAUUCUGAACAAGGAAAUAAUCCUAAGCAGAUUCAUCUUCAGAAGGCGAUUCGUUUGUAUGCUUCCAAUUUUAUGCAGGAGAACCUAAUGGGCCUUCAGGCAUUGCCAUCAGAGGAGGACUAUAAUAAACUGAGAGAAAAAAGGGCAUCAGAAAUUCAAAGAAAAAUAGCAGCAGAAAGGCAAGCAGCAAUGAACGCUCAGGAAAAAGAGAGGCAGGAUAGAGAGCGGAUAGAGCGUGAGCGUCUGGUCAAAGAUGGACUUGCUUCGCCUGAAGAUGGCCCUAAACCUGGCCACAGAAGAGCGGCCUCUGGUGGGGAAAUACAGAAAAAGAAAAUGCUGGUUGGCAAAAUUCCAGUGCCAAAUGUCAUUCCUAAAGGUUUAAUCAGGAACCAGUCUGAUGAAAACAUGGGCAAGGGGUGGAAACCUGUUGAAGACACUGCUCGGGUGAGUACAGCUACCGACCCAAUGCUGCAGCAGAUGGAAAUUAUUAAGGGCUACAUUCGUCAAGCCAAACAGGCAAACAGGACAGACGAGAUUAUCAUGCUAGAACAGAACCUUCAGGACUUGUAUGCUGAGUACAUGAGGCAGCAGCAACAAAAGGAACACUUCAACAGCUAAUGUUCAUUGCUUCAUCUAGAUUUUUAACUCAUUUAUUAACUAGUGCUUUCAUUGUUUAUUACAAUUUUUAUGUAACUAUUACAUAUUUGUCAGUGAACCUGUCCAUGUCAAAUAGUGAUUUUAUUCCCCUUCCACUUUUGUACUUUGCAAAUUGUUGUAAACAAUCAAAGACUGUAGGACCAACACAUUCUUGGAAAGAAAUCGGACAUGGAAACUUAUGCAAAUUUUUAAAAAAGGUACUUAAAUACAAAAUUCAGCAUUGAUAUUCACAAAACACUUAAUUGCUAGCUUCUUCAAAGCAGACCAGCAGAGGAUUCAUAUCUUCAAUAAUGUAUUUGUAGAAAAGCAUUUGUUCAUAUAUUUCUUCAAUACCUCAGUACAGGAUAUGUACAUCAAGAGAAUUGAUUUACUGCAUGAUAGUGCUGACUAAAACUUUUAUAAGAACUUUUUUUUUGCCAGUUUGUUUUUGCGAUUAUUAAACUCUUGAUAUUGUGCAAUAUUGGUGAAAGCAUCAAAACUAUGGAUCUGUGUAUAGUUUGAUUAGCAGUAUAAAAAUAGUGGACUUUGUUUUAUAUCAACAUCAUAACUGAAUUUAGGUGUAUGUUUUGAUUACCAGCAUCAAAACUGAUUUUAAGUGUAUGAUGUUGUUAUUACCAGCUGCAAUAGAUAAACAUGUAGAAAUUUGUUUGUUAAUGCCAGUAGCAUGCCAACUUUAGCUGUGAAAUAUUGUCUUUAGUAGUACUGCUAGUAUUAGUUGUGUGCAUGUCAUAACAUUUUUAGUCAACAUUUUGUUGCUGUAGUGCAAUAGUUUUUCUUAAACUUUUUAUGAGCCGGUACUUAAGAUACCUGUUUAAUUUUGGUGUGAAUUCUUCACUGUCCUACUUAUGACAUACCUGUCAUGCCUACAUAACUGUCAUGGCUCACAGAACCCCUUAAAAAUGCAACUUAUUGUUUCUCUUUAUAUUUAUACUCAAGGAAUAAAAUACAUGACUUUGUGA